UAAUAAAUACAUUUGUUCUUCAGUUUUGCAGGGGAAAAGCGCUUGAUUGAAGCCUCCUGCCUCAAUUGUGCCAAGAUUUGGCCCCAGGACUUUCUCAGUCAAGGGAAUGGAGUUGGCAGCAAACCCAAUAAAAGACCAGGAAUUUGCUGGUGCCAAACUGGAAAGGGGACUGGAAGGAGCAGGAAAAUCCAGAAGUGGGACUGACCCUGAAUACGUGACAGGCCAGCCAGGAUGGAGAGUAUCAUGGAAAGGAGAAGGUAAUCCAAGGAAGGGGAGGCAAGAGCGCUGGAAAGCCCAGUGGCAGCACUUCCUGGAAUCCCAAGGGGCAAAUCUGAUGAUGACGGAGGUUUCUCCCUGGGAAGACACAAAGGCCUUUCUCACUUCGUUUGAGCAAGUGGCUGAAGCCUGCCGGUGGCCUCGUGCGGAGUGGGUGGCUUGUCUCUUGCCGGCCCUGAGUGGAGAAACCGAAGAGGCCUUUCACAGCCUGGAAGCCAAAGACCAAAAAGACUAUGGGAAGCUGAAGGCCGCCAUUUUGAGAGGAGAAGCCUUGAGAACGGAGGCGCAGCGCCUGCAUUUUCGGCAGUUCUGCUGCCAGGAGGUGGGGGAUCCCCGGAGGAUCCAUACCCACCUCCAGGAGCUUUGCUGCCAGUGGCUGAAGCCGGAGAGACACACCAAGGAGCAGAUCCUGGAGCUGCUGGUCCUGGAGCAGUUCCUGGCCAGCCUCCCGCCUGACCUCCAGAGCUGGAUCCGGGCAGGAGGGCCGGACACGUGUUCCCAGGCAGUGGCUCUCCUGGAGGACUUCCUGAUGAAUCAACAGGACAGGACUGAGAGCUCCCCGGUAAGUUUAAAGGAGGAGCCGGUCGACUUUGUCAUUGCCGAGAAAAAGCCCUUGAAUGCGGCCCAGAGACCAGUUCGUGGGGAAGCAGAGCAAAAUGUGGAGAUCGGCUUGCAGGGUGAGACUUCAUGGAUCUCUUGUGCUUUCUGCCGUCCUCCUGUUUGUGGGACGCUUGGCUGCCGACCGAUGAAAAGUAGGACUGGCCGAGGUGCCUUUGUGGCCGAGGCCACUUUGACAAACGGAGUUUGAAUGCAAGGGACCGGAAGAGCUGCACCCCCUGUACCAAAAAUCAGGUGCAUGUUUGG